CCCUUCGGGUGGUGCGUGGGGCGGCGGCGCAGGCGCACUGGGCCCGGGGCCCUGAGGCCGAAGUUCCGGGUGCGGCCCUUGGACCGUCAGGGUUCGAGCGGGGAGAUUUUCUUUGCUUUGGAUUUUCGUGAACGGCUGAGAAUGGCAAGCAAAGGGCCCACAACUUCCACAGCUCCUGAGAGCUCCAGUACAGGUGGAACCAGUGGGAAUAGUAACGGUCCUGGAGAAAGCAGUAAUCAGGACAGUACUUUUGAAUGCAACAUCUGUUUGGACACAGCCAAGGAUGCGGUUAUCAGCCUAUGUGGACAUCUCUUCUGUUGGCCUUGUUUACAUCAGUGGUUGGAGACUAGACCAAACAGACAGGUGUGUCCAGUAUGCAAAGCAGGAAUCAGUCGAGAUAAAGUAAUCCCACUUUAUGGAAGAGGCAGUACUGGUCAACAGGAUCCCAGAGAGAAGACUCCUCCUCGACCUCAGGGACAGAGACCUGAGCCAGAGAACAGAGGGGGAUUCCAAGGCUUUGGUUUUGGAGAUGGCGGUUUCCAGAUGUCCUUUGGAAUUGGGGCAUUUCCCUUUGGGAUAUUCGCCACAGCAUUCAACAUAAAUGAUGGGCGGCCUCCUCCAGCCGUUCCAGGGACUCCCCAAUACGUUGAUGAGCAGUUCCUGUCUCGGCUUUUCCUGUUUGUGGCUCUGGUGAUCAUGUUCUGGCUAUUGAUUGCAUAACGGUUUCCCGUGCCCUGUGUUUUUGAGGAUUGCAGGGCCUCUGAACUGGUUACAGCCACUCCCACACUUUUUAAAAACCUCUUAGUGUCUGGCUUCCUAGCUAAUCACAAUUUCCAGGAAUCAGUGUUGUUGGCAACACAGUGAGGAAUUUUGCUUCCUGCAUCAAAGCUUCGGAACUAAGUAGCGGUGAGGAGUACAUCUCGGUUCAGUCUUUGGUAGCAUCCAACCGCAUCAUUGGACAUUGGCAUUCAUUUUCACUCUUAGGAGAGUGACACUUUGAAAUCCCGUGCCAAACAGUUCAGGCCAGAUGAACUCAAAGUGAGUAUAAAGUGGGGAAGAGAAGAUAACUACAGUGCAUUUGCACCUGGAUGUACUAUCCCAAAAGCAGAGAGGUGGACCAAAUGGUAUUUAUCGGAACUUUAUUUCAUUUAAGUCAAACACUUUCUGACUAUAAAGUGGCAUCUUUUACAGACACUUCCCAAAGAGGAACCUAGCUCCAGAUAUCAGCAUUCCACUAUCCUCCUCCCUGCCCUUCCUUAGAAGAAUAGGGUGAAGUGUGUGGGCCCUUAGUGUCCUUUGCCUUAUCUUGGGAACUUCCCCAUGGUUCAAAGAAAUCAGCCUGAAAUGAUCUAAUAACAUAAUGCCCGAAGAUUGUAUUUGUGUCUGGACGGUGCGGGGCUCUAUGGCCCUAAAGAAAAGAAUCUCCACUGGGUUUAUGCAAUAUAAUCUUUUGGUUUAAAAGUGCAUGUGACUUUUCUCAUGAAUAUCCCAACUGCUUGAAUCUGCUUUCACCAAGAAUUAAAAUUGCACUUGUCUUAUUUUUCCAGCAUGGCUGUCUGGACUCCUGCACCCACUGAAAAAAAACCUUUUCGGACCCACUAAACCUCCUUAAGAGGGAUGCGGGGGGACUUGGGUUUUCUGAUAUUUUGUUUUUUUAACUCACUGCACACUUCAAAUAUUUUCAGCUAACCAGGAAAAAAAAAUCCAGUUCUCUCUAAGCAGAAAUCAUUAUUGGAGUAACUUCUAGGAGAAGCUCAUUGCCGCCUCUGUCCUGCCCUCUCUCAGUAAGGGCAGCUAUGUCAACCAAGGCUACAAAAGAUAAAUGUAUAAAUUACCAAAAAAGGGAAAUCUUAGGAAGGUAGGGAAGAUAGCCCUGGUGAGCCUGAAUCAGGUGAUUCCAAGUUGGUGCAGAAGUCUGUAACAUGCUCAAGUUUUGACUAAUUUGUUCUAAUAUUACUUUGUUGUAUAUUUUUGAAAGUGUUGUGUCCAUUGUCUUUCUAGUGCAUGCAGUACAACACAUGACUCCACAGUGGAUAGCCUAUGAUUCCUCCUGAGACAUGAAGCAUUCCUUAGCAAAAGGACAUCAAUUUCCCUUCCUUCCCUCGGUCUUGGAAGUGUUUCACUUUUUAAAUAUCAAUUUUUAUUUGUUUUUGAAAUGUGAUCUGGAAAAUAGCUUGGUGCUAGGUGGGUUUUGACUAUUUGGCAUAGCAUCUCAUUAGGGCUUUUAUCUGAAUGCCAGAGUGCAUUUUGGAUUGAAAGAAGGGGAUUUCUUCCUUUGAAAACCUUUUUCUCCCUCUUGCUAGAUCUUCCAUGAUCUUCCUUUGAAAGAGUCCUCUGAGAGCAGUUUACAAGCAGUACCCCGUGCUUAUUUCAGAAAAGGGAAACGCUGCCUUAAGUAGCUCCUGAAGGAUUUUUCACACAAGCCAAAUGAGUCUGCGUUAAGUGGAAGGAACGGCUGUUCUUUGAGGACCUUCUAAAAACGGAGCCCAGGAUUUGAGACUUAAAAUAAAGAAGUCUUUACGUUUACUGGAUCAACAAUGGAGUAUUAAUUACAAGCUAAAAAGUCUAGUUUUUAGUCUUUGAUGACCAUCUUUCAGCUGCGAGGGUAAAUAGCUGGGCAGUGUCCCCAUCUAGUGUAGUGAGAAAAGAAUGAGUAUGCAUCAGCCAACCUAAAUUUUUUUUUUAAUUAUUUCUUUCUCUUAGCACAGAAAGUGGAAUAUUUAGAGGAGUGGUGAGGGUAAGGAUCUGACUAGGAAGCUUACCCAUUUUGAUUCUUCAUAUAAACAAGGCAGAGAGAGUACAAAGGCAACACAGGCCGCUGCAUCCCAAGAAUGGGCUAUCGAAGUCUGGCUUUGUUGUCAUUUUGUUUUUAAUUGUAGAUAGUUUAACUUUCCUUUGAUGGCAGCCCUGGUGGGACCGCAUUUCAUCAGAGGUCCACAGGCUGAAGUGAUGGGAUCCGUAUUUCCCUAGCAAUCAAUUUAUCUUCAACUUAUAUUCUUUUAAAAAUGGAUACAAUGACUCUGGGUGUGCUUUUUGCGUUCUCCCCCUUCCAUGUCUUUGUAUUAGGACUGUGCCCAGUCACAGUUAGACAAUGACAUUAUGUACAGUGAGACACGUUUAUUGGUCACUAAUUUUCACUGUUGUGAAAGUGAUUUGAUUUAGAAUAAAAAAUGGUUUUACAUUGA